CCCAUGCUCGAGAAUUCCCCGCUUGAUCCGGUUCCAUCUUGACAAGACCCAUUUCUGAAAGAAGGUUGUACGACACACAUUUGACAGAUCAAGCAACAUGGGAUCUGGACCAGGAAGCGUUGUCACUGGUUUGAACCCGACAGCGAUCAACCCUUCAGACCCGUUUGUCCUCUUUGUUAUCCAGACUCUCAUUAUCGUUGGACUAUGCUAUCUCCUUCACUUUGGGCUCAAAAAGCUGAAGCAGCCCCGCGUCAUUUCAGAGGUCAUUGCGGGUAUCAUCCUUGGGCCCUCGGUCAUGGGACGUAUACCGGGUUUUGCCACUACCAUCUUCAACCCUACAAGUUUGCCGUACCUGAACCUUGUUUCGAACAUCGGUCUAGUCUUCUUCCUCUUCCUUGUCGGCCUGGAACUUGAUCCUUCCCAGGUGGUCAAACGUGCUCGAUUUGCCCUCGGCAUUUCGUUCGCAGGCAUGGCUCUCCCUCUCGGAGUCGGUGCGGCCGUCAGUUAUGUUCUCUAUGAGGAAUUGGGCCCGAACAGCACGGUCGGGUUUGGCCAGUUCCUGCUCUUCUGUGGCGUUGCCAUGUCCAUCACCGCAUUCCCAGUCUUGGCUCGUAUCCUUGCCGAGCAAAAGCUAUUGACAACCAAAGUUGGAUUUCUCACUAUCUGCGCCGGUGCAGUCGGAGACAUCGUUGCCUGGAUCCUCUUGGCCUUGGUAGUCGCGAUCAUCAACAGCGCUAGCAGAAUCACCCCGCUAUACGUCGUUCUCUUGUCGAUUGCCUGGAUCCUGAUUCUGGUCUUCCUGGUCCGCCCCCUGAUCAUCUUUUUGAUCAGGGUCACAAAAUCGCAAGACGAGCCUAGCCAAACUAUGAUGGCCUUCACCAUGGCCGUAGUAUUGGCCAGUGCCUUUGUGACCGAUAUCAUUGGUGUGCACUCCAUCUUUGGGUCCUUCCUUGUCGGUCUUAUCAUCCCCAACGAUACUGGUUUUGCUGAUGGAGUCACCAAGAGGAUCGAGGAUUUAGUCAGCGUUAUCUUCCUCCCGAUUUAUUUCGCCCUUUCCGGACUCAAGACUCAGAUCGGACUCUUAGACAACGGCAGGAUCUGGGGGUUGGUCAUCUUGACCACUUUCGUGGCGUGUUUUGGCAAGAUUGUCGGAUGCACCAGUGCUGCCAGGAUCCAGGGUAUGGAAUGGAGAGAGUCCUUUGCGAUCGGUGUCCUCAUGAACUGCAAGGGUCUCAUCGAGCUGAUUGUCCUGAACAUUGGAUACGAUGCCGGGGUCAUCAACGCCAAGGUCUUUGUGAUCAUGGUGAUGAUGUGUUUGAUUACGACCUGCAUGACCACGCCCAUGGUUACUUGGAUAUAUCCUCCCCACUACCAGCGUGCGGCCGCUUUGCGUGCACUAGCCAAGAUGAAAGCCAGCAAUGGAGACAUUGAGGAUCCGGAUUCAGCAGAACCCGUUAACUCCCAGAAGGCGAUCAUGUUGUGCCUAGACAAGAUUCAAAACAUGCCUGCAAUGAUGACAUUCCUGGAUAUGCUACAUCAUGCCGUACCCAAGCCCGAGGACUCCACCGCCAGCGGCUCGAGUCUCUCGGUCCCUAGUGCUCACGCACAUCCAGGACCCUCCGUUAACUUUGCUUCUGAGGCCCCAAGCACCGGACCUACACUUCUGGCUCUUCGCCUUCUGCACCUCACUGAGCGUAGCUCCUCAGUGUUGAUGGCUGCUACCGAACGUGCCGAGGUCCUGCGUCGUGAUACCCUUAUGGUUGUUUUCCAAGCCUUUGCCAAGCUAAACGGCAUUCUGAUUCAGCCCCGCAUGACUCUGUCCACCGACCCCGAUGACUUUGCGCAGAGCAUAUAUGAUGAGGCUGUGGAGAGUGGUACAGGAGUCAUCAUCUUUCCCUGGAACUCGACCUCACUCCCAGAUCCACCUUCUAACGCGUCGGACGACACCCAGAGCCUCGUCUUGUCGAAACCACUUGUCACUUCCAACACGCAGGUGGUCAGCCGCCUCUUGAACACGACUGCAAACACUGGUAUUGCAACUGCGGUAUUUGUCGACAGAGAAUUUGGUGGCUCCGGAAGCUUUGUGAAUAUUAUGGUCCCGCUCUACGGAUCCCGUGAUGACGAAGAGGCCCUGAAACUCGCCUCGGCCCUCAGUCACAACAAACUGUGCAACGUUUUGAUCGUUCGAAUUGAGACGGCACUCAGAUCCAAGGAGGCUGCCAGCGCCGAAGUUUAUGUGGACAUCGAUGCGCUAUCGAUCAAUUCUGAGCACGACUGUGACAACGAACCAAAAGAGCUGCCCGAGAACAACGAGAUUUUGAUUCAGGAGUACUUUGCCCAUCGCGCAUUCGGCAACGGCGAUAGACGAUCAAGCAAGAAGACCAAUACCGGGCCUUCGGGCGUUGGAGUCGAGGUCGGAGAAAGCAUCUUCGUGCACCAGGUUCCGACCGUUCAGGAUGCCAUUGGGCUUUCAAAAGCGGUUCUUGGCUCAAGAGAUCUUUUGGUACUCGGACGCGGAUCGACCAGCAAAAUUGGACGAUAUAGCUCUGCCGGUGCCAUUUAUGGCCAGGAUGCACCUGCGACCUACACUACCGGCUUCCAACAGCCCUCUACCGUUGGAACACCAGUGCACCAGAUUGAUAACCCGCUUGGAGAUAACAGCACUCAUCUCCGAGUUCGCAACACGCUUCGCCCCCAGCCCUCAUCGCGCGACCUGCAUUAUUCGACAUUGACAGUAUCGAACAUUUUGGGCGCCGCAGCCCAAUCAUACCUCUCGUCUGAGAUCUCAUGCUGCCUCAUGGCGGUUCAGUCGGGCAAAAGAUCUAGCGGUAUUGCUAUGUCCAGGAUUGCAUCCUCAAUUGGGCCUGGAUCUCUGGGCAUUCAACAUGAGAAGGAUACGAGUGCGAGCCAUGCACACCCAUAUGGCUUUGACAGUGAGCACUCGUUCCCGGUCGCCCUAGAGACUGAGGAGACACAGGCACAGCUGCAGGAACAAGGACAUGAACAGGAGUCAAAGCAAAAGCACCACGUUCGUAUCGCGAGCGACGACGGCGAGAAGCGAGCAUGAAUCCCUAAUAUCCCUCUUGUACAAAUAUGUAUUCAUUUUUCAA